GGGAUACAUUUAUCUUUGGUUUUUAGUAUCGACAACGUUUAGCUCUGAAAUGGCUUCGUUUAGUAUUAGUGCCAUAUUGGGGAAAGAUUUGGGGAAGAGAAAAAGUGUGGAAACUUGUGAAUCGAUGGAUAAUUGUCAUAAUUCGACUGUUAUCCGACAAGAUGACAAUCAGUGCAGACUCGGCGAUGGCGCUCUCGGAGGUGAAAAAUGCCAACUAGAAGAAGAAACAGAAACUGAGCAAUCCGCAUCAGAACAGGAUGUUGACGACGAUUCAACUUACGAACAUAAAACCCUGCUUACCAARUCUCGACGCAGGCGAACAGCCUUCACAAGCAGCCAACUCAAAUCCCUAGAGGAGAAAUUCCAAGAAAAGAAAUACCUCACAAUCAGCGAACGAAACAGCCUGGCAAAGGCGAUGCAUUUGACUGAUACCCAGGUCAAAACUUGGUUUCAAAAUCGACGGACAAAAUGGAAAAAGCAAAUGGCGCCGGAAUAUGAAGCUACGAUUAGAAAUGAAGAAAUCAAUGCUUAUCAUUGUUCGUUACCAUUCUACACAGCGGAACAUAGUUUGCCGUAUUUACCCUCACCACAUGCAGGAUAUUUUGGAAUGUACCCUAGUCUUAAUUUCUACCCUUCGUCCAACUUGAGAGUAGUCUACUCUAAUAUGUCAUUAUAUCCAUAUUAAUGUCACAUUGUGAAAUUGUGAAGCGAAGAAUCUAAGCUCUAGGCAUGUCCUGGUGUCACAUUAUUGUGUUGUGCUGAAGAAACUAUCUUCACUUGGCCAAGAUCGAUCAAUGGUAUUUAAUCAAUGUUCUCGCCAAGUUGGAGCUGAAUAACUCAGAUUAACAGACGCAGUUGGCCGCGGAGGUGUGUUGACUCUGAAUAGACCUGCCUCAAGUGUUACCGUUUAACUAAUAGAACUUGCCUUGGACCAAGCUAUAUGGAUAAGUUUUUAUUAAAAAGUAUUCUUUUGUAUGAACUGAACAAAUUCGACAAAACUCAUAGUUGGAUAACUUAGUUGCAGUUGGAUAAGCAGACGCGCUUGCCUCGGAGCCGCUGUUGGUUGUGCGUUGACAUUGGUAAUAGUCACUUGUCUCUAAUUAAGUAACAAAACUGACUUCGACCGAUAGGUCUAUCAAGGUAUACAGUGUAUUAGUUCACAUGGAAAUAUUGACCAAAAUCGACCAACCCAGCUCAGCUUAUAAGACGCGAUUUGCUUGACUAUCUGCGGUGAUUUUUCAGCAAUGGAUCUGUUUUAUAACCAAUGGAAAUUGAUCGAGUCAAUGCAAUUAUAGGGAUAUACUAUCCUUAAACGCGAAUGGACACAACAAAGUCAUUUAUCAUCAUUUGAACACCUUCCUUCCUUUGAACAAAUCGGAGGCUUUAUUGUUAUUUUUGUGACAAUGGAAAAUAAUCUCAUGACGAGAAUCGCAGAAACAUUCAUCAAAUUGAACUAAUUUUUUUAAACUUCCACUGUACAGACAUGUUGUAAAGGUUUUCCAGUUUCACCACUUUUAUGAGAUGUAUAUUAACAUAAAUUUACGUUAAAAUAGAUUUGUAAAUACUUAGCUGAACUAAAUAAAGCAUGAGGCUAGUCUUUAGUGAUAACAAAGUUUAGAAGAAUUGUUGACGGAGGUCAGAAACGUUUUCCAGAAUUCACUCUUAAACCAAUUAUAGUUGCUGUUAUAGACUAACACAAAUCUUUAGGACUUGCACUCACUUGUUCUUCAGUAUAGCACGUAUUUGAGUAAACGGCACAGUUGGUGGUGUUUUAGAAAGUUUAACUCUUUAUCGGAACGAUUCCUUUACUUACAUAUUAUAGGAACCUCGCUUCUUUUGCAAGCAAUGUGCAUUUAAAACUGUGAGCUACAAGCGAGUGGAAAGGCGCUCAAAGCUCGAAUUUAUUGGGAAGGUCAUAGUGGAAGCCUGAA